CUUAUCUGGUUCUCUCAAUUAUCUUUCUACAUAUAUUAUUUCAUAACAGAAGGAGGCCGAGCAACACGUUUUUUUAUUUUUGCGCAGAGAAUAGACAAAAUUUUGAAAACCAUAAACCCUAAUUGACCGACGAAGAAAUAUGCAUUCAAUUUGUUGUUGGCUUACUAAAACCCCUUUUUUGUCCUCAUCAUUUCUUGGCAUCAGUAAUAAGCAGCUUUUCAGCCAACCCCACAAACUCAGUUUCCAUUCUUGCUCCAAAAAUACCCAUGUCUCUGUCUGUGCCAAGAAAAGCUCUCAACCACUUACAGACCCAUAUGAUGAUGUUGUUGAUGAGGAUGAUUUUCUUGAUGAUGAGGAACUGGAGGAUGAUGAAUAUUCAAUAGAAGACAAUGAACCCUGUGUUGGAGAUGGAGAAGGAGGGGGUGGAAUAUCACUUGCUGGUACAAGCUGGGAUGAAGAAGCAUUGGCAAUUGCAGAAGAAGUUACUUUAACAUUUGAAGGGGACUUGGGAAUAUAUGCCUUCAAGACAUUAUUGAAUAAUAUUAUCCGUGUACGCAUAGAAAAACUUUCGAACAUGUCUGGCUCUCCCAAUAUACAAGAUAUUGAAGCUUUUUCAAAAGCUUAUAGAGUAAGGCUGGAUGAAGCUGAGGUUUCUGGAUCAAUUCCAGGGAACGUAUCACUAGAGGUGUCCUCGCCGGGCCUUGAAAGGAUAUUCAAAGUUCCUCAAGAUCUUGAACGGUUCAAAGAGAGAAAUAUGUAUGUGAAAUAUGUCAGCACAGUGGCUGAAACUGGCGCACCCUGUGAAUGUGAUGGUAUUUUCAGGCUUGUGUCAUAUGAUUUAGAAACGAAGUGUUGCACAUGGGGUAUUGCUGAUGUAAGGGCCAACAGAGAAAAAGCAGGGAAAGGAAGGCCGUUAAACAAAAAACAACGCGAAUGGCGACUAGAGACGCCCUUUGAAACAUUAAAACUAGUACGUAACUAUCCUGAGUUCUGAACAUUUUCCGAAUUUCUAGCAAGCUCUAUUUGUUGUAUUGUUUUAAUUUCUGUCAGAAGUCUGGAGGAGUAGGUAUUAAACUGUUCAGUAUAAAGAUGUCUUAUAUGUAUAUGACAAUCUUUCUUGUUCAUUUGUGAUGCGUAAAUGGGCAAAAAUAAGAGAUUAAACAA